AUGCACUUCGCAGACAUAUGCACGUGCACUCAAUGUGCAAUUACCAGUGCUCUGUGCGUGUACUCGCACAUACCAACAUAUGCCACAUAUACAUGCACACACACACACGCGGAUGCGUCUACGAUGCGUCUGCACCGGCUUAUCGAUCGCAUGCGGGACGGCACACCGCCCCUCGCACACACCCACACACAGGGAGCACAGACUGCGGUCGAAUUCGAAUUACCGCCAAGGGCCGCGACGCGAGACAUGUAUUUGCACUGGGUGCAGUGCGUCGCGUCCCUGUAUGAUAUGCGCGAAUUGGCGAGUCGUGCGUGUCCUGUGGUUAUCACUUGUCACUUCCGUGUACUGUGGGGUUCUAUGGCGUGA